GCUUCGGGGCUUUCCGUAGGAUGGAGUGCGUCUGUGAUUUGUCCGAUCUGACGGUGUUUAAAAACAUGUUGAUAUAAAUUGGUCAACAGCUCCACCAAGGGGACAGAUACGGGGAUAAUGCCGGAAAAGAGCCACCCUACUUUUCACGAAGGAAACGGGGUUUCGGAUGCUGCCUGCGAUUCUCUUAAACUUCACUUGCGAUAGUUGUGUCAUGCUUGGGUAGUUCAAGUCGCCAGCUGCCUACUUGGCGUGUGCGAUUUUUAAAAAUAUUUCCGUAUUAUUGCAUGUGAAGUCCGCUUCUGAAAUGUCAGAUUCUGUUAUAUUCCAGACACAUUUAACAUCCAUCAUGGAAAUCCUGACCAAGACCGCCGUGGCGGAGAUAAUCAAACUUGUGGAUGAGAGCUGCGCCGUGCUGCGCUCGGAAAUGUCGCUGAGCCGCAGCGAGAACGAAGCGCUGAGGGUGAAGCUGAAGCUGAUGGAGGGGGAGCUGAGCAGGCGGCCGAAGCGGCCGGACAGCCCCCAGGAUCAAUGCGUGGAGUUACACAGCACCGUCCGCGUCCUGGAGGAGGAAGAGAAAGAGGAGAUGGCUCUCUGUGGGAGGACUUGGGACAUGGAUGUUUGGGGAGAUGCUGCAGGUGUGGAUCCAGCUUUGGAAGGGGAUGUGUUGCAGUCAAGCUUUCCCAUGGAUGCGGUAACAUACUUGGGAGAGGACAUGCAACAGACGGUACUGUUAAGAGAGAAGAGGCUGCAGGACUCCUGCCUGUCCAAUGUCCCUGCACCAGGAUUGGCAGCUGAUAGUCAAGAUGGACUUAACUCUGUGCAAGGGAUUGGUGAUAUGGGCGUUUAUGACCACUCUUCUGCAGAGAUACCUCCUCCAGCAGGGGGCUCUGCUGUCAGCCGGUCCGCUAAAGGUUUAGCUGAGCAGAAACCCGAAGCUGACGUGCUGACUUUAGUGGUGGUUAAAGAGGAAGCUGAGAUGCAGCCUGUGUGCAGUGAGGAGGCUGCGAUAGAGGGGCUUCAUGCGAAACCUGGGCAGAGCAGCGGAAGGCAGCGUGACGUCAAGGCGGAGGGCUGGGGCUCACAGCAGCAUCGGCCAUUAGACAGACAAGACAGGGAGAAGCUCCCUGUGGAAGCGAGUGCAGGGAGAGAGCAUGCAAACAGCAGUCACCUCAAUAUGAAAAACAGGACUCGGAGAGAUCCUGUCACAGGGGCGAAACUGUACAGCUGUGCUCAGUGCGGAAAGCAGUUCAGCCACCAAAGUAACGUGUACAAGCACAUGCGGAUACAUACUGGAGAGAGACCAUUCCGCUGUGCCGCCUGUGGGAAGUGCUUCACGCAGCAAAGCAAUCUCAGAAGACACCAACUAAUACACACGGGUGAGAAGCCGUUCGGCUGUACCCAGUGCAGCAAGAGUUUUACGCGCCUUUUUUACCUUAAAAUACACCAGCAGGCUCACAGCAGAUAAUCACAGCAGCUAUGCUGAAUUUGACAGAAGCUGGAAUUCCUGGCUCCUGAACUGUAUGUCAUCCAGUGCAUAAUCCUUGGAUAAUGAGGAGAGAAAAAAAAAUGGUGCAUAGCAACGGGAUUAGAUGAACUGAAAGUACUGUGUAUGUGUGUGUAUACACAUAUGACUAUAUAUCUGUAUAGAUUCCAGUACAUGUUCUAUUUUUUUUUUAUUUGGUAUGAUUUAAAAAAAAAAUGUAUAUUAUAUAUAGGGUGGCAUGGUGGUGCAGUGGUUAGCACUGUUGCCUCACACCUCUGGGUCCCAGGUUCGAGUCUCCGCCUGGGCCAUGUGUGUGGAGUUUGCAUGUUCUCCCCAUGUCAUCGUGGGGUUUCCUCCGGGUACUCUGGUUUCCCCCCCACGGUCGAAAAACAUGCAGAGGCUAAUUGGAGUUGCUAAAUUGCCCAUAGGUGUGAGUGGGGCCAGCCCAUCGCAGGUUCUUUGAGGAACAGAUGAGUUUAUUCCAAAAGCUAAAUGAUUGCAUUGUUUAAAUUAGCAUUUUUGACACAAUAUGUGUUCUGAGUACAUUCUCAGGGUAAAAUGCAAGACCUCAGCUGGUAAAACAGUCAUAUCAAUGCUGUAGAGACCAAUUUCAGAGAGUUUACGAAAUUUGAAAUGCGCAAGGAAACUGCUCGAUUGGAUGUCUGUUAGUUGCCAGCAAAGGGUAGAUAAAUCACAUUUAAGUUUGAAGGGGGGGAAUCACAUUUACAUUAAUCCCUGUUCCGAAGCAUUACUUGGUUUUGCAAUAUAACUGUUCCAGUGUUGAAUGAAAAGACCAAAUAUGUUGCUUAAAAAUGUGCUUUUAGUUUUAUGCCCAUUUUUCAUUGCUUAUCCAGUACAGAGUCACCGUCAGCCAUUAUCACAUUUCACUUCAUGGUUUUGCACAUUAACAUUGGGGGAACGUGCACCCACCCUGCAGAGAGAGCUGCAGACAGCUACAGAACUCAGAAGCAGAGAUUUCACGGCAGGGGGGCCCACUGCAAAAUGUACUCCCCAUCCCAGUCAGCAAAUGUUUUCCUAUUGGCCUCUCCUCCACCUCUGACAGGACCCAUAACACAAGGGGCUGCAGUGCUACUCACUGACCCACCAUACCAGGGUGUUUUAUAAUUAGAUAUAAACCUUAUUUUUAUUCUCAACUGGUUUUUAUCCCACAUUGUUCAGUUUGUUCAUGUGGGUAUUUGCGGUUGAAGUACAUUGCUGACUUUUUUUGAUGGCUGGUGUGGUCAGACAUCGUUUGGAAGGAAGAAUAUGAAUAUAUAAACAUUUGUACAUGGGAAGUGUAACCAUUUAGUGACGUUUGGGGAAAAAGUGAGGGGUAAGUGGGCUGUACCUCUGUGUCCAUGAUCAGGAGGCUGCCAGUUUCAGACCCGGUCUCUUCAGGAACAGUUACAUGUCUGUGGGCCCUUGAGUAAGGCCCGUAACUCUCACCUCAGGGGUGCCACACAUUGGCAAACCCCCAUUUUAGGGACAGCAAGAUGGGGCAGGUAGAAAGAAGAAUUACUUGUGCAAAUGGAAAAUAAAGGAUUUAUUUAAUUUGUAAGAUCAUAUUUUGAUUAUGCGAGGUGUAACCUUUCUCCGUUUAAUGUUCCACUAACCAAGAGACUCUGGAGACUUUCUCAUAGUUGACAAGCUCGGAUAAAGGAAUAUAUAUCUUCAAAGCAAUGAAUCACUGGGGGUGAGAGUCUGUUUUCGUUCAUCUGUACAGUUAACCAAAAUAGUGGAAGACUCUGCCUGUCCAAACACAAAGGGUCUGCGCCAAUGUAAUCAACCAUCAGUGUUGAUAAAACAAGUGCGACAAACAGAUUUUCCCACUGUUCAUACCACUCAGAACAAAUUGAUACAUGUAUUUACUGCUUUGAUCAAAUUUGCGCAUUUUAGUAGUCGACCUGAAAUACGUUUUGAAUCGUUGAACUGUGUGUGUGCACAGAUGGAUUCUUUUAAACUAAAUGUCAUUCAUCUUUAUUGUGUUUUGUACAUCAUUUUUGUAAUCUAGAGACAUGUCACUGUAUUUAGAUUUAUGUCUGUGAUGCCAAAGAACAGCAAGUGUAAAUAUUUCAUAAAAACAAGUGUUGACGCUCA